GCGUAGCCCUCUCACCGCGCUGCUGCAAAGGAGGAGCGGGCUCUGAAGCCGGAACUGAAAUCCGCAGCGCCUUGUUGCAGGGAGGAAGCCUUUUGGCAGCGCUCCUGGCGCUGUAGGCUGUGCGAAGAGGAGCGUGGGGGGCAGCGGCCUCGUCGAGCGCUGUUGGCUUCUUUGUUUUAUUAUUUUUAUACCCUGCCCUUCAAUCAAACUUACCUACAAUAUGCACCAGCUGCUGUAUUUAUGCAAGACCUGCAACCAAUUUCCUUUUCACAGUUUAGUUAGAUCUAGCCCAAAUUGCUUAGGUACAUGGGUAAAAAAUAUACACUCUUCUUUAACCCGUAAAUGUGAAACUGAAGAAAAAUUGCAUUUGCAUGGUGAUGAAUACUUAAAUGGCGGAGUAGACAAUGAAGACUAUCAACAACGGCAUAUACCAGUUAUGGUUGAGGAAGUUGUGAAUUUUUUAGCACCACGUAAAGGACAGCUGACUGGAGGGGAGGCCACAGGAUCUAGCAUGAGAUGCAAGUUAAAAGUUGUCAGAAAGUCCAACAUAGAAGUCAUAGAAAGGUGUAUUCUUGAUAUGACAUUUGGAGCAGGAGGCCAUACCAAGGCGCUUAUGCAAGAGGCAGCAGAUAUUAAAAUAUAUGCUCUUGACAGAGAUCCCACAGCCUAUCAACUAGCUCAGCGGCUUUCUGAAUCUCACCCGCAACAAAUCCAAGCUCUUCUUGGACAGUUUAGUCAAGCAGAAGCCUUGUUAACCUUGGCUGGAGUGCAGCCAGGGAGUCUGGAUGGAGUUCUUUUGGAUGCUGGUUGCUCUUCGAUGCAACUUGAUACUCCAGAAAGAGGUUUUUCCCUAAGAAAAGAUGGUCCUUUGGACAUGAGGAUGGAUGGUGGCAGGUAUCCUGACAUGCCCACCGCUGCUGAUGUUGUGAAUGCUUUAGAUCAACAGGCACUUGCGUCCAUCCUGAGAACAUACGGGGAGGAGAGGCACGCCAAGAAAAUAGCUUCAGCAGUUGUUCAGGCACGCAGCAUCUACCCCAUCACCAGGACUCAGCAGCUUGCCAGCAUUGUUGCAGGUGCUUUCCCAGACGCAGCUUUGUAUGCUCGAAAAGACUUGCUUCACAGACCAACGCAUGUUGCUACCAAAACGUUCCAAGCCUUGCGCAUAUUUGUCAACAAUGAGCUGCACGAACUAUUUGCGGGGCUAAAGGCAGCCGAGAAGCUUCUAAAACCAGGGGGGCGACUUGUAGCAAUUUCUUUCCAUUCGUUAGAAGAUCGUAUCAUCAAGCGGUUUCUUCAUGGAAUAGAUAUAUCAGAAAAAUUCAAUCUCAGUGUCAGGCAGAAGAUCAGGCAAGUGGAGAAGAAUUCUUCAGAGAAUGAGGAGGAGGAUGAAUUGUCCAGUGGAACUUCUAACUCAAGAUGGACCUCAAUACAGAAGAAAGUGGUCACUCCCCAAGCUAAGGAUAUUAAAGACAAUCCAAGAGGACGCUCAGCAAAGCUAAGAGCAGCUAUUAAGAUGUAAACAUUUUUUUAAACAGCAAAUCUGUAGCAUUUUUAAAAGUUAGCCACACAUUGUUCCUACUUCACUAAUUAAAUCAGAAUGCCAAAGAAGGGAACGCCACAUGACUAAACAACCUUUUUUCUGCAUUGCUACAGAAAAAUAUCUUUCACAUAUACAGAUUAAAGGACAAGAAUUAUGUUAGUUUCUGUAUAACUCACCAUGAUAAUAUUCAAUAAUAUCUAAAAUGCAGGUACAUAUAUUUUAAAUAUGCCUACUUUCCCCUAUAACAGCAAAUGCACAGCCAUGUGCUAUGUAGCUGUAUUCAUUUUUAUAUAUGUUUUUAUUGUAAAUUGCAUUUAUAAUCUGUGAGAAGGGGUUAAUAAACAAAUUAGGGUUAAUGAGUCAGCUAAAAUUCAGAGUGUUAAACAAGUCAAGCUGUGGUUUUUUUGAUGCAUCCAAAUGGACCAAUAGGGAAUGGCAUGGGCUGAACCAGAAACCUAACAAUAUGAUUCUAAAAGAAUCCACUGCAAAUCCUAAAAUGGUGUAUUGUGGCUCAGAACUGCAUGUGAAUAUUGAUUCCAUACCUAACAAAAGCAAGUCUCAUUGUGCAAUGAAAAUCAGGCCAAAUUGCCUUCCUAUUUUACUAGAGUAAAACUUCAGUGGAUUGCUGUUGAGCUGCAUACACUUUCUAUAAGAUCUGCCAGUUGGAAUUUCUAAGCAACCUCAGGGAACCAUAUAGUGUAUCCCAUUACUUUAAUUGGCGUACCAUGGUAUUCCAUGCAAUUUGCAGUUAUGAUCUGUAAGCCUGAAUAUCACAUGCUCUGAAGAAAAUAUGUUCAGUUGUGUUUCCUGUUCUCCAUUGUACUGUUAAAGAUCAGUCACAAGCACCUCCUUAAUCAUGGUACAGCAAAUGCAUGUUUUUUUUUAAAAACACUCUUAAUUGUUACUACCACCAUCUAUGCAACUUCCCUGUAAGUUAGUGAAAAUCUCAAAUGUACCAUCCUCCAGCAUCUUGGUACAGUGGUACCUCCGGUUACAUACGCUUCGGGUUACAUUUGCUUCAGGUUACUGACUCCGCUAACCCAGAAAUAAUACCUCUGGUUAAGAACUUUGCUUCAGGAUGAGAACAGACAUCGUGCCGUGGCAGCAGCGGGAGGCCCCAUUAGCUAAAGUGGUGCUUCAGGUUAAGAACAGUUUCAGGUUAAGAACGGACCUCCAGAACGAAUUAAGUACGUAACCAGAGGUACCACUGUAUUAGUAUGCAAUUCCAAAGGAUGACAAGUGUGGGCACUCUUGGCUGGGUUCCAAGUCAGUAGAGAGCUUACUGCCCUAAGCAGUGCUUUGUUUCCACUUUGCAUGGAGUAUUUAGAAAAAUCAGAUGCCACCUAAGAGAAUUAUCAGCUUGCAUGUCCAGGUUUUUUCCAGGUUAGGGGGCCUACAGGUUAGCAGGUCCAUGCCUGAGCCGCUGAAGGCACACACUGCCAUACAUUUUUCAGGGAUGGUUAUCCCAAAGUGACAUGCUUGUAGUAAGCAGCAUAGCUUUCCCACCUAAAAUGAUUAGUGGUGUGUUCCAAAACACAGCAGAUGUUUCUGAUUGAUUUUGCCUGAUGAUCUGAUCUCUUCCCUCUGCCCCUGGACAAAUACAAUAAAAAUGAAAAAUCAUUAUUUUUACUUC